GAUGGAGGAGUCAUGCCCCGGCACUGCUCGGCCGCGGGCUGCUGCACCCGCGACACGCGCGAGACCCGGACCCGCGGGAUCUCCUUCCACCGGCUACCCAAGAAGGACAACCCUCGGCGAGGACUCUGGCUAGCCAACUGCCAGCGGCUGGACCCCAGCGGGCAGGGGCUCUGGGACCCCGCCUCUGAGUAUAUCUACUUCUGCUCCAAACACUUUGAGGAGAACUGCUUUGAGCUGGUGGGGAUCAGUGGGUAUCAUCGGUUGAAGGAAGGGGCCGUUCCUACCAUCUUUGAAUCAUUCUCCAAGCUACGACGGACCUCGAAGGCCAAGACGCAUGGGUACCACCCCGGCUCUCCCGACCUUACCCGGCUCAGAAGGUGCAGGCGCCGCUGCUCCACGGGUCGGGCGCCCCCUCCCCCUGUGAAUAACAACCUGGUGAACGGGCCCACUCCCGUCGAUGUCUCCUGCUUCCCCGGGGAGGAGCUCCCUGACCCCGAAGGCCCUGCCCCCCCGGUGAGCCUGCCGGCUCUGCCUCCCUCGCCAGCCCCCAGCGGCCUCGUGAGCCCUUUCUCCGACCUGCUGGAGCCCCUGGAGCCUCACGGGGAUGAGGCGAGCUGCGGGACCCCGCCGUCCCCGGAGCGGGAGCCCUCGCCCUCGGCAGCCCGGCCCGUGUCCCCCUCGGCCUACAUGCUGCGGCUGCCGCCCCCGGCCGGCGCCUACAUCCAGAACGAGCACAGCUACCAGGUGGGCAGCGCGCUGCUGUGGAAGCGCCGGGCGGAGGCGGCCCUGGACGCCCUGGACAAAGCCCAGCGCCAGCUGCAGGCCUGCAAGCGACGGGAACAGCGGCUGCGAUUGCGGAUUGCACGACUGCAGCAGGAGCGGGCGCGGGAGAAGCGGACCCAGGCAGAUGCGCGGCAGGCCCUGAAGGAGCAGCUGCAGGGCCUCGAGCUGCAGUGAAGGGGCCGCAUCUCCCCUGCUGGGCAGCUGCUCCCUCCCAGGGGCCAGAGGAGUGCGGGCCUGCCCCAAAGGCGCCACCGGUGUCCAUCUCAGGCCUUUGGCUCCGCGGUAUUUCUGAGAUCCUAAUCUCUCAUUCUGCCCAGGCUCCUCUGCCCACCCGCCCCAGGCACAGUCUGUCUGCCCCUGCCUGGGUCCAGGCUGUGAGUGGCCAGGGCAGGUGAGGCCUGGGGCUGCCCACAUGGAGGGAAAACACCAGCUGGAAGCCAGGCCGUUGUGCCACUUGCUCUCAUGUCAAACUGUUCUGUGGCGGCCAGUAAAGACGCUUGGAGACCCAGCUCUUCACCCAGUUUAUUGAGUGCCCGGCCAGCAGGCUCAUCUCCUAGGAGGGGCAGCUGGGAGCGCCCGCCGUCUGCCCUCUGCUCCAGGCUCCAGGGGGAUUUAGCUGACAGCCGUCCAGGCCAGGUGCACGAUGGAGGCCCAGGGAAGUGACCAGGAUGGUGCUGCACAGGCAUGAAGGGGCGGAGCCGAGUAGAACACACGCACACACGAGAAUUGAGCUGAGUAGAACACACAUACAUGCACACGCACACACGAGAACUGAGCUGACAACAUACACACACACACACACCCACCCCACCCCCCCCCAUAGUCAUCCUUCCCACAAGCCUCCUAAGCAGAUUCACUGUCAGAUUGCUUUUUUUCCCGAGAACAGUCACCGGGUCAGAAAGGUGCCUCUGGGCCAUCACUGCCAAAGGGCGUCACUGACCCAGGAUCCUGAACAGAUCAGACAUGUUUGUAUUUUUUCAUGACUAGUUCAGAAGCCUCAGUGACGGAUGGAUAAACGGGCCAAUAAGAACACCAUUUGCUAGCUCACUCUUGCUAAAACCAGGUCGUAUGGGUACACAUCUCCCCCAUCGUGGCUAAUGGUGUAUUUUCUAAAAUUAUACACUUAAUAACCAUUAA